AUGUCCGCGACGCCUUCGCCCUCUGCGGUCGCGACCCCGCUCAAACGAAGCUUGUCCAGAGAUGAUGAAGAAUCUUCUUCGAAACGCCAGAAGACAGAUACCGGCUCACCCGCAGAGUCCAACUCGCCAGGCGAUGACGAUGAGCUGCUGCCCCCGUGCGCAACGAAAAUCACGAUUCCCUCGCUCGAUUACCAAGCAAAAAGCGGCCUAGAACGCGGGAUCGGGCUGGCGUUACAACAUGUUGGAUUCGAUGCUGCCACUCCAGAAGCCAUGGAGGGCUUCUUGGGGUCGGUAGAGACAUACAUGGCCUCUUUCAUCGAGGAUCUCAAACGCGUUUCUCUGGCUGCGCGCCGCGAACAACCGACCCCUGCCGAUUUCGAGUCCACUAUGCAGCGCUUCACACUCAAGACAAGAGCUCUCAAGCCUCACACUCGUCCUCCUAUCCCGAAAUCCAAGCUCGCCGUCAACUUCUUCGACCCUUCAAUCGAAGAUCCGGAUGCGCACACUACGUUGCCGCUUCUAGGGGAGGAGUUAAGCGGCAGACCAGAAAAGGAAGCCAAGUCGUACAUUCCCAAGUCUUUUCCCGACUUCCCAAGCAAGCACACGUACAAGUACACGCCAAAGGAGGAUGACAGUGGAAGGGAUCCUCAGAAGACCAGAGAGGAAGCGGCGAAGGCCUCGAAGCAAGGGGAAGAGGCGCUCCGAGGCUUGGUCAGGGCUGCGAAGGUUCGCAAGCAGAAGGAGGUCAGGUCAUUGUCGGAACGCGACCCCAUGACGAAGGAGCGCUAUUCAUUGUGGGCUGCGGCUAUGGAGGGCUUCGUUAAGAAAGAGGGAGGGGCCACCGGACAGCUUGAAAUUGCCGAUCACAGCAUGAUCGUCAACUCCGAUGCGCGGCAUUUGCGCAGGGAAGUGCAACGCCAAGGGAAAAGGGCUGCUGGCCAAGGCUAG